AUGAGGAAGAUGAUAGCCAGAAUUCUAUGGAGCCAUCAGUGAAUUCAUUGGGAAGAACAAAGAAACAGUUUAAAUGCAUGGAAUGUGGGAUGUGCUUUAGUCACAGUGGAAGACUGAGGACACAUCAACGAAUUCACAUAGAGGAGAAACCAUUUAAAUGUACUGACUAUCGAAAGAGCUUCAAGGAAAAUGGAACUCUUAGAAAACAUCAAGGAACUCACACAGGGGGGAAACCAUUUGAAUGUACUGAAUGUGGAAAGUGCUUCAGUAGAAGUGGACACCUUAGAAUACAUCAACGAACUCACACAGAGGAGAAACCAUUUAAAUGUAUUGAAUGUGGAAACUGCUUCAGUCAAAAUGGAAACCUUAGAAUACACCAACGAACUCACACAGGGGAAAAACCAUUUGAAUGUACUGAAUGUGGAAAGAGCUUCAGUCAAUAUGCAACACUUAGAAUACACCAACGAACUCACACAGGGGAGAAACCAUUUGCAUGUAUUGAAUGUGGAAAGAGCUUCAGUCAAUAUGCAACACUUAGAAUACACCAACGAACUCACACAGGGGAGAAACCAUUUGCAUGUAUUGAAUGUGGAAAGAGCUUCAGUGAAAGUGGAGCACUUAGAAGACAUCUACAAACUCACAUAGAGGAGAAACCAUUUAAAUGUAUUGCAUGUGGAAAGGGCUUCUGUAGAAGUGGAACACUUAGAAGACAUCAACGAACUCACACAGAGGAGAAACAAUUUAAAUGUAUUGAAUGUGGAAAGAGCUUCGGUAGAAGUGAACACCUUAGAAUACAUCAACAAACUCACACAGGGGAGAAACCAUUUAAAUGUAUUGAAUGUGGAAACAGCUUCAGUCAAAGUGGAGCACUUAGAAUACACCAACGAACUCACACAGGGGAAAAACCAUUUGAAUGUACUCAAUGUGGAAAGUGCUUCAGUAGAAGUGGAAACCUUAGAAGACACCAACGAACUCACACGGGGGAGAAACCAUUUGCAUGUAUUGAAUGUGGAAACAGCUUCAGUCAAAAUAGAUACCUUAGAAUACAUCAACGAACUCACACGGGGGGAAAACCAUUUAAAUGUGUUGAAUGUGGAAAGAGCUUCAGUGACAGUGGACACCUUAGAAGACACCAACGAACUCACACAGGGGAGAAACCAUUUGCAUGUAUUGAAUGUGGAAAAAGCUUUAGUCAAAAUGUAAUACUUAGAAGACAUCUACAAACUCACAUAGAGGAGAAACCAUUUAAAUGUAUUGAAUGUGGAAAGAGCUUCAGUAAAAGUGGACACCUUAGAAUACACCAGCGAACUCACACGGGGGAGAAACCAUUUAAAUGUACUGAAUGUGGAAAAAGCUUCAACAGGAAGGAUAAACUUACAUUACAUUGGCAAACUCACACAGCAGAGAAGCUUUAGUCAAUAUGGAACCUUAGGAAAUAUCCACUAAUUUACAUGGGGAGGUCUUAAUACAGUGGUACCUCGGGUUAAGUACUUAAUUUGUUCCGGAGGUGUAUUCUUAACCUGAAACUGUUCUUAACCUGAAGCACCACUUUAGCUGUUUGGGCCUCCUGCUGCCGUCACGCCGCCACCACACAAUUUCCAUUCUCAUCCUGUAACAAAGUUCUUAACCCGAGGUCCUAUUUCUGGGUUAGCACAGUCUGUAACCUGAAGCUUAUGUAACCUGAAUCGUAUGUAACCAGAGGUACCACUGUAUAGUACUUUCUAGAGCAGCCUUUCUCAACCUGUGGGCCCCCAGAUGUUGCUGAACUACAACUCCCAUCACCCCUAGCUAGCAAGGCCAGAGCUCAGGUAUGAUGGGAGUUGUAGUCCAACAACAUCUGAGGACCCACAGGUUGAGAAUCGCUGCUCUAGAGGGUUUCCUGUUGGAAUUAUUAGAUUGUCUGCUAAGGCUCUGACCUUAUAGGCCCUUUGUCCAACUUUAAUUCCUUCUAUUCUAGGGUCUUCUCUUACUGCUUUCAAAAACACUUCCGGAAGUGUGAUAAAGAGGAGAGGAGAAAGAGGGCAGCCCUGUCUUGUUCCCUUAAGAGAUAUUAAAAGCUUCUGAUGUUUCACCAUUUAUAAUUAGUCUGACCCUUUGGGAAAUAUAAAUCGCUUUUAUACCACUACAUAUUUUCUCACCCAAACUCAUCAUUUCCAAAGUGUUUUGCAUGAAUGCUCCCAAAACAUGAUCCAAUGCUUUCUCCGCAUCCACCAAGAUCAGGGCUGCCUUUUUAUCUGGUCUCAUUUCUAGGUAUUCUAUUGUAUCUACUACCAAUCUUACGUUGCUGUAAAUUUGUCUUCUCCAUAGUAAGCCUGACUUUAUUAAUCUUUAUUAAUCUUUAUGAAUCUUGCCAGGAUCUUUUUCAAUUUAUUGGCAAAAAUGUUUGCAAAUAAUUUAUAAUCUGAACUUAGAAGUGAGAUUGGUCUAUAAUUUUUAAUUUACUCUAAAUUGGAUCCAUAUUUCAGUAUUAAUGUAAUUAGGGCCUCUUGCCAUUAUUCUGGCACAUGUCCUCCUUCUAAAAUUUUGUUCAUUACUUUUUCUAAUACCGGUAAUAUUGUCUCUUCCAAUUUUUUGUAAUUCAUUAUAGAAAUACCAUGUGUACCGUACCAGGGACUUUACCAUUCUUAGAAGUCACAAUUCCUUCUUUUAUUUCAUUAAUAUUAAUAGGGGCAUUUAAGUAUUUCUAUUCUUUCUCUUAUUUUUGGCAAUCUAUUGUUUAUAAAAAAAAUUCCUAUUUUUUCGU